CUGGUGAUUAAGAACGAGAGAAAGUGGUCAGUGAAGCAGAAGGAUUGUCUCCAGGAGGCGGCAGCACGGCAACACGAAGGAUACCAGCUGCCGUAAAACGACAGAGAAGAAGAAGAAAAAGAAGAAGCAUCAGAAGAAGAAGAGGAGGCGGAACAAGAAAUCAGCUGUCCAAGAAGUUAGCCAAAGUGUAAGCAAAGGAAGAGGUAUGUUCGCGUCGUGUCUGCAGCACUGACCGAGCACCACCGCAGAGAUGCCCGCCGUGUCCACCGGGGUCAAAGAGCUGUACCUGUCCACAUCUCUGGGUGAACUCAAUAGAAAGGCUGAGAUUAAACCCGACAAGACCCACACCAGAAGCUAUGUUCAGAGUUCCUGCAAAAUCUUCAAGGCGGCAGAGGAGUGUCGUCUGGACAGAGAUGAGGAGAAGGCUUAUGUGCUGUACAUGAAGUAUUUAACAGUUUAUGAAAUUAUCAAGGAAAGACCAGACUUCAAACAACAAAUGGAGUAUUACAUGACCAUACUUGGACCAAACAGCUUUAAGAAAGCCAUUGAAGAAGCCGAGAAGCUCUCUAAAAGCCUUAAACUCAGGUAUGAGGAAGUUGAGGUUAGAAAAAAACUUGAGGAAAUGGAGAGACAAGAGGAGAAGAAAAGGAGGGAGGAAAUGACAGAGAAAGAUGGUGGCCGAAGCUCUCCCAAAGUGUCAUCAGUAAGCAAGAAGGACAGCAAGAAGGUGAAAGGGCAACAAAAUGAACUCAAGAAUGCACCUUCAAAAGCUGAAGUGCUGGCUGGCGGGAUUUCGGCUGAGCGGCUUUUCCACAUGAUGAAGGACCAGACAAUAACAAUAAUUGUCAUGGACGCCCGCAGCCACAAUGACUUUGAGGAGUCUCACAUUCAGGUCCCAGGCCAGACCUGUUUCAGUGUGCCUGAGGAGGCCAUAAGCCCAGGAAUAAUUGUGAAUCAGAUUGAGGCGAAGCUGCCUGAAGCGUCAAAAGAGCAUUGGAAAAGACGGGCAUUCAUCGAUUAUAUAGUCCUUCUGGACUGGUUCAGUUCUGUCACCGACCUUACACUUGGCACCACCUUGCAGAGCCUCAAGGAUGCCCUCUACAAGUGGGACAACAUCACAAUCCUGCGUAGUGAGCCGCUGGUGCUGGAGGGAGGCUACGAGAACUGGCUGUUGUUUUACCCAAUGUACACAACCAAUGCUAAAGUCCGCCCCCCCAGACAGAAUAUAAUCAGCUCCAUCCCUCAUUUGAACUUUAGCUACCCAUCCCUUGAGGAACCAAAGCCUCCGGUCCCACCUGAACCAGAGCCUGAGGUGAUACUCAAGCCACAAGAACCCACAGCUCCUGUGCUGGUGAACGGAGUUAAACCAGCAGAAUCCCCCACAUCGUACACUUCCAAGGUUACCGACAGGCUGCCAGGUGCUGUGGAUUGCACCGUUCCUGGCGACAUACAUUCUGGGCAAGAUCUCAGUGAGAAGGGCACCACAGCAGGCACGUUCACCCCAUUACCUGCAACAUCCAAGGCCUUUCCCCAGUUUGACCGUACCAAGAAACCCUCUGUCCUUGUGUCAAACGAUCCCAAGCCCAGCCAGAACGGGUUAGCAAAGGACUCCUUGCCAAAUGGCCCGCUUGCCCCUGAUCGCUCAGUGAAACCGUCGCUCCUCGCAAACGCUUCUCUCUCUAAAGAAGAACAAAGCCAGAUACACUCUGAGGCGGUGGCAGUGAUGGAGAAGGCGAAGCAAGAGCAGGAGAAACGCAACCAGGAGCGCCGUGUAGAGGAUGAGCGACGGGAGAAGGAAAGGCUGGAAAGAGAGAAAAGUGAAAAGAGGAGGAAGGAAGAUGAGGAGACAGGACCUCAGGAGAAAAAGAAACUGGAAAGGCAGAAGGCCGAAGAAGAGGAAGAUAAAGAGAAGAGGUUGUGGGACGGGAAAGAGAGGAGGGGUAAGGAGCAGAACUCAGACACUCCCAAGAGUAUGUCCCUGGACUGUCCUCCUCCCAACCAUAUUGUUAAUGACAUCAAGAGGGAGCCUCUGACCCGAGCGAGGAGCGAGGAGAUGGGCAGGAGCGUACCAGGCCUUCCAGUUGGUUGGAUGAAGUUUCUUGAUACAGUGACAGGGACCUACCGAUACUACCAUUCCCCUACCAACCGCGUCCACCUGUACCCUCCUGAGGUCACUGUACCCCAGACCCCGCCCUCCACGCCACCGACAGUCAAACAGAAACCAACGCGACUGGCGGAGCCAGACACCAGCCAAGAACAAGAGCGGGAACAGUCUAAGCUGAAACGGUCCUACUCCUCCCCUGAUAUCAGCCAGGACUUGAGAGAAGAGGCCCAGAUGAAGGCUGCCAUGCCGACCACUGCUGCUGUCAUACCCACCAUCAACAGGGAGACUAAACCGCUUAAUAAAGUCUACUCUAAAGUGGAGAUUGUGCGGCCAUCAGCUGCUAAAAUUCGCAACCUGAAUCCUUCAUUUGGAGGUCUGGGUGCAUCACUCACUGGCCUUCGUAACAUGGGCAACACCUGCUACAUGAACUCCAUCCUGCAGUGUCUAUGUAACACUCCGGGCAUGGCUGAGUACUUCAACAACAAUUACUACCUGGAGGACAUCAACAGACACAACAUACUGGGCCAUAAAGGGGAGGUGGCGGAGGAGUUUGGUGUGAUCAUGAAGGCCCUGUGGGCUGGCCUGUACAAGUGCAUCAGUCCGCGGGACUUCAAAAUCACCAUAGGCAAGAUCAAUGACCAGUUUGCUGGUUGUGACCAGCAAGACUCCCAGGAGCUGCUGCUGUUCCUUAUGGAUGGGCUCCAUGAGGACCUCAACAAGGCGGACAACAGGAAGCGCUACAAGGAGGAGGAAAACGACCACCUGGAUGAUCAGACAGCAGCCGACUUGGCCUGGAGCAAACACAAGCUGCUGAACGAGUCCAUCAUUGUAGCCCUGUUCCAGGGGCAGUUCAAGUCCACCGUGCAGUGUCUGACCUGCCACCGCAAGUCUCGGACAUUUGAGACCUUCAUGUACUUGUCACUGCCUCUGGCCUCCACCAGCAAGUGUUCCCUGCAGGAUUGUCUGAGGCUGUUCUCCAAAGAAGAGAAGCUGACCGACAACAACAAGGUGUUCUGCAGACACUGCAAAGCCCACAGAGAUUCCACCAAGAAACUGGAGAUCUGGAAGGUCCCACCCAUCGUCCUGGUGCACUUAAAACGGUUUUCCUAUGAGGGCAGAUGGAAGCAGAAGCUGCAGACCUACGUGGACUUCUCUCUAGAGACUCUGGACCUGGGCCAGUACGUCAUUGGACCAAAGCAGACAUUGAAGAAAUACUCCCUAUAUGGAGUGUCUAACCACUACGGCGGUCUAGAUGGUGGCCACUACACUGCCUUCUGUAAGAAUGCACUCAAACAGCGCUGGUACAAGUUUGAUGACCACGAGGUGACCGAGAUCUCCACCCCCACCGUCAAGUCCUCCGCAGCCUACAUCCUGUUUUACUCGGCCCUGUGACGGAGCCGUCGGACACCAAGAGAGAGUAACACAGCAGAGCAGUGACGCUCAAGCCUCGAGGUUGAUACUUUUUUUCCUGUAAAAUCACAGCUCUGAGGACCCGGUGCAGAUAAACCAGUCGUGUACAAGCACACAGGGGUGCGUCAGAUCAUGGAAAUGUGUGGACACACAAUGCUUCAGCUACUAGAGGACCUUAUACCUGUCUAAAACAUGCCGCCUGCUCAUAUUACUGAUCAUCUAGUGACUAAACAGAUGCUCCUGUUACUGAUUCUCGAUGGUUUAGUUGUAAGGCUGACAGCCGGCUAAGAUGCUCUUCGGCCUCGGUGCUGUUGCACUUGACGUGGACAGCUGAUCAGCUGCCUUGUGCGGUGUCAACAGUUAGACGCCAUUUUCAUACUUACCAAUGCUGAUGUUGCACAUUCAAAAAUGUAAAUACUGGAGGGUGAGGUGUUUCUGUUAAGUGACCAAAUUAGGUUGUUUCUUUUUCUUUAUAGUAGCAUACAUCAUAGUAUCAACAUAUUCCCAAUGACAAACUGUUUUAGGGGUUUAACUCUAUAGCCUUUUGAUGUUUAACUUGAUCUGAAAGGGGUUCGAGGAGACUUCUGCAUUUAGAGAGGAGGGACUUGAGAUUGUUGCUUGUUCGUAUUAGCCACAUUGUUGCACUUACACAUUAUGCAAUCAAUUUAUGUUGUCUUUGUGAAACACCGUUUGGCAGCAGACAUUAAUACUCAGAACGCUUUAAAACACUGAUGCCGAGUCGUUUUUUUGCUUUGUCCGAGCAGUGAGAAAAAGCUGCUUUUAUAAACUGUUGUAGAAUGUGUUCUGUUAAACAUACGUAACUUUUUACAUUAUAUUCAAACCCCAACAAUAUUUAGAGGACAAAUUACUGGGAUAACUUGGCGCCCUUCUCGGCUUACUGGUUAUGAACGUUUCUGUGAGGCUGUCAUUUAGAUUCAUCUGAUUUUUGUUCAGUACUCGCCUGGGAGAAUAUGAAGAUUUGACCUCACACAAGGGCAUUUGCUGUCUGACAAAGUGCACCGAUGUAUCUUGUGAAUGGACCAGAGAUCUGAGGUGAUGGGUUUGACUUCCAGAGAAGUAGAAGUUUUAUCACCAAGCAUGAGAUCAUGUUCUGUUUUCUUUUUACUUAUGCGUGUUGAUUUUAUUUCUUUAUGCUCUAAAACAAUUUCAGAUAUAACAAUUAUAUUAACCUCAAACAACUCGUGAAUAUUUAUUAAAACUGCUUCAAAUAAC